AUGUCUCCCUCUGUUCCGUUCUAUAUAAGUCAGCCAUAUCUAUAUCUGGCUGUUAAUAUCUAUCUAUCUAUCUAUCUAUCUAUCUAUCUAUCUAUCACAUCUGUUUAUAUCUAUCUAUCUAUCUAUCUAUCUAUCUAUCUAUCUAUCUAUCACCGUUUGGUCAUUAUCUAUUUAUCUAUUACAGUCCUCUCAAUCUAUCUAUCUCAGUCUGUUCAUUAUCUAUCUAUCUAUCUAUCUAUCUAUCUAUCUAUCUAUCUAUCACCGUCUGGUCAUUAUCUAUUUAUCUAUUACAGUCCUCUCAAUCUAUCUAUCUCAGUCUGUUCAUUAUCUAUCUAUCUAUCUAUCUAUCUAUCUAUCUAUCUCAUCCUUUUCAUACAGACUUCUCAGAACAGGGGACAGUCUUCUUUCUCUCCUCCAAAAUUCUCCCGCAAAUCUCGACGCACUGCGACGAUAGUCUCGUUCCCCGACUCUUUCGACUACAGUCUCUCCUGUAGCACCGCGACCCGUAAUGGUCGCCGGCGGGUGCUCACGCACGUGUCAACGAUGUGCCGACCGAUCGCAGUCUCUCCCGUCUCUCUCUUCCAUCUGCACUCGAUGGUAGACCAGCCAACCACUCUCUGCCUCUUCCGUCUGGUUUGUAGCACUGCGAUCCGUAACGGUCGCCUGCGGAGGCUCACGCACGCGACGACGAUGUGCCGACCGAUCGCGGUCUCUCCCGUUUCUCUCUUCCGUCUGGCUUGUAGCACCGCAACCCGUAACGUGACGACGAUGUGA